AUGACGUCACCACAACGCCGGGAAUCGCGCGCUUUUGCGGCCAAUCCCACGGCUCAUUUUAGGAACACGCUGACCACGCGCAACCCCACCCAUCGCGCCGUGACAAAUGCAACUUUUACUUCCGGCUGCGUACACGGCCAUCGCGCUUGGCUUUCAUCGAGUCCGUUUGUGCUCCGGUGGUGUUCACGCGACGUUCAAGUGCUGAUCUUAGCAACCUCUCUCCACGUUCUUGCUCCUACGACUGUCAUCUGCGCUCCGCAGUUCUAUAUCAUCCGAGGGAUCUCUUUUGUUUGUCGUAUGUCCAUCCAGAAUCUCAACACAUUCGACCCCUUUGCAGAUGCAAUCAAGGGUUCAGACGAUGACGUCCAGGACGGCCUCGUUCAUAUAAGGAUCCAGCAGCGGAAUGGUCGCAAAACCUUAACAACGGUGCAAGGACUUUCCUCGGAAUAUGACUUGAAGAAAAUCGUGAGAGCAUGUAAAAAGGAGUUUGCCUGCAAUGGGACAGUAAUAGAGCACCCGGAGUACGGGGAGGUGCUGCAGCUGCAGGGGGACCAACGAGAGAAUAUAUGCCAGUGGCUGACAAAGUCGGGUCUGGCAAAACCUGACCAGCUCAAAGUCCAUGGUUUUUAAUCAAUUAACAACAACAGCAACAAUUACCAUCCAUGCCACAACCCACAACAGCAGACAGCUCCCUCGUCAGCUCUACAUGAUCAUCUCAAAUUGAAUCUGUAUAUCAUUCACUAAACUUCUCGUGGGAUAUCCCGAUUAUACUUCACGUCAACAUUAUAAAUAUAUAUAUAU